CCGCUCCAUUACUCAGUGGGCAUGACCAAUAUUUAAAUAAUAGUCAGCUAUCAGAUCCAGUAACAAAACAAAUGAAUACGGAUUUGUCGGAAGAUAUAUGAAGCUUUUCUAAUCGGCGAAAUAAACGUCGCGCGCCGCAGUGUAGAUCCGAGACACUGCGCGAGCGCUCGCCUGACGCGAUCGAGGGGCGAAGUGUAAGCUCAGAGCUUGACACACUGUUCAGUGCAUGUGCAACUAAUAAGGGUGAAUCAAAAGGUCCUCUUUAACGAUUAAUUUUGUAAUUAUGUGUUUAAAGCCUACGCAAUAAGUACACACAAAGAACUUAAACGCUUACAAAUGUAAGUGGUAUAAAAGUGACUCGUGCAAAAAUGAUCAUAAUAAACCAGUAACGAACGAAAAAACCAUGGAAUUUAACGGUCAAUUAGCAAACCAAACUAAAAACGCAGAUGAAGAAAAAACAGCAGAAAAAAUAACCAUAACUAUAGACCAAACGGACGGCGGGACAACUGACAGUAACGGAAUAAAACCUCUAGAAGUGAAAAUACAAAAUGGCGGAGAAAAAGGAGAUUCAAAGGACUUGUUGGGAGUUCCAAGGAAUGGACACCGCAUGUCCUUUAUGGAAGAGGAAAGUGCGAAAGAGAGGAUGCGGCUGUCACUUCUGAAGCAAUGUUCCGGGAUUUUGAGACAAGGAGACCAGAAGUACAAUAAGGAGUCAUUGCACAAAGCCUUUCAGGAUGAGGACCUACUGGAGCGCGUGUUUCGCCUCUUCGACACGGAACGGCAGGAUGAGCUGGUGCAGGCCGACUGGAUAGAAUUCCUGAAGGCAAGACUCACUGAAGAGAAGCAGUUAGAGCUGAUAGAACACAUCGAAAGCGUUGCUUACUUGACCUGCGGCAGUGAACACAUUGAUCUCGACACCUUCCAGCUGAUCCUGCGGAACAGACUAGUGACUGCCCGACUCUUCAAGGUGGUGGAUACAGAUGGUGACGGCUACGCGACCGUCGACGAUAUCAUGGAGUUCCUAUCCACAGUAUCAAGUACACGACCUCGCGUCGGGUUUGACCGACACAGCGUGGACCAACUUGAGCAGCUGUUUCGGCAGACGGUGGGGGACCAGAAAGAGAUCACGAGAGAACAGUUUGAGAAGAUAUUGGUCUCGAAAAAUCCCUUCUUCACGGAGCGCGUGUUCCAAAUCUUCGACGAGGACGACUCUGGUGCGAUAUCACUCCAGGAGUUCAUAGCCGCCGUGCACCGCUUCGCGGGCCAUUCGCACGAGGACAAGAUCCGGUUCCUCUUCAAAGUCUACGAUCAGGAUGGUGACGGUCUUAUUCAGCACCGGGAGCUCCAGCAUGUGAUGCGGGCGUGCAUGGAGGAGAAUGGGAUGUCGUUUAGCGAGCAACAGCUGUUGGAACUGACGACGGCCAUGUUUGAGGACGCAGACACCGAGCACAGGGGCGCCAUCACGUAUGAGGCGCUGCGAGGACAGCUGGACCGACACGGAGGGUUGCUGCAUAAUCUGUCUAUUAGCAUCGAUCGUUGGCUAGUUCCGGCCACUCAGCCUCAGCGCACGUCUCUACGCCACCGACUCUCUUCUCUCAAGCCCUACCAACUCUCUCUCCCUUACUUCAAGAACAACUAUGUGUUCAUCAUCUUUACUGGGUUGUUCUUUCUAGUGAACAUUGGGCUGUUCGUCGCUAGGAUCGUGGAGUACCAGGGGUCGAAUUGUUUUGUAAUUAUGGCGAGAGCUUGUGGUCAGUGCCUAAACUUCAACUGCGCCUGGGUGCUGGUGCUGAUGCUGCGGCUGUGCAUUACGCAGCUGCGCGUGCGCGGUGCCAGCAGUUUCCUGCCGCUCGACCAUCACAUCUACCUGCACAAGCUCACUGGCGUGCUGAUAGGCAUCUAUAGCAUCGUACAUACUGUCAUGCACAUCUGUAAUUUCAGUUUGAUAGUAGUGAAUGACCCGAAACUCAACGCCGCUAACUUCUCGACUUGGGAGUGGCUGCUGACCGAGCGCCCGCACCUCUUCGGACUGGUACACGGCUGUGCUAAUCCUACUGGUUUUGCGCUGGUGGUUAUCCUCGUAGUCAUGUGUGUCUGCAGCCAACCCUUCAUUCGCCGAGGAGGCAGCUUUGAGAUUUUCUACUGGACGCAUCUUCUGUACGUGCCGUUUUGGCUACUGCUUUUGUUCCACGCGCCCAACUUCUGGAAGUGGUUCGCACUACCGGGCACGCUUUACAUUGCCGAGAGAAUCAUCCGGCUCGCUGCAAUGAGGUCUAACCAUGGCAAGACAUACAUCUCUUCAGGAAUUCUCCUACCAUCACGCGUGACGCAUUUGGUGGUGCGUCGGCCACCUCUUUUCGAUUUUCACGCGGGUGACUACGUGUUUGUGAACAUACCAGCUAUAGCGCGGUAUGAGUGGCAUCCCUUCACUAUCAGCAGCGCUCCUGAUCAAGAAGAUUACAUCUGGCUGCACAUUCGCGGUGUUGGUCAGUGGACGAACACGCUGUAUGAAUAUUUCGAAAAAGAACAUGCUAAGCUGCACGCCGGAGAAGUACCCGCUGAGCAUGAGAAAGUAUCCAGAACAAGUUCUAAUCAAAGUAACAAGAGUAAGCGCAAAGGCUCUUCUGGAGACGGCAAGAAGCGCUCAGUUGACUUUUCGCCAGAAGUAAAAGAGUACACCAACGAGGGUUUCACUUUAGAUGAAGACAAGGAGAUGGAUUUUAAGGCAUUGUCACCUUCUCUCAAUGGCCGUCCAACGCUACUUACUUUAACUCCGAUGAAGCACUUGGAGAAAUCUCGCUCCAUGCCCGAUGUCCAUAACAAAGACAAGAAUAAACAACGGCUCUUAGCAUUGCAGGACUACCCCCGUUCCGAGUCGGAGCGGAGCUUCGACGUCGGGUCCAUGGCCAGCGCGCGCCGCGCCGCGCUGGGGCUCGCUUACAAAAGUCCGCAGAAUCGAGCGCUGGCUCAUAGUUUCAGGUACAUGCGCACAAAGCCGACGAUCAUCGCAUUCAAGACGCCGAGCAUGGAGAGCUGUGAACAGCGCCGUCGCUCUAACGAGAGCAUCCUUACCGUGGCUCGACGGCGGCUAUCCAAGAGUCUGUCUCCAGACAAGGAUCUGGAGAAUCCGCCCGCCAUCACCGUGCAAAGCCCCAGCGAGGCCUCCACCGCUGAGUCAUUCGCCAACUAUCCUGUAGGGAAGCCGCUCGAGAUAUAUCUCGACGGGCCGUAUGGUGCAGCAUCCUCACACAUCUUCCGUGCAGAGCACGCUGCGCUCAUCGCUGCGGGUAUCGGAGUCACUCCCUUUGCAUCCAUUUUACAGGCUAUUAUGUACCGAUACUGGAACUCGCGAAACGUCUGUCCUCGCUGCGAUCACAAGUGGGUUUCAAACAUCGCGCAGAACAACAUGAAUCUCAGAAAGGUUGAUUUCUUCUGGAUAAACCGAGAGCAGCGCUCUUUCGAGUGGUUUGUGUCCCUCCUGUCACAACUUGAGAUCGAGCAGGCAGAGAGCGGGGCUCGCUUCCUUGAGAUGCACAUGUACAUCACCAGCGCGCUGCAGAGGAGUGACAUGAAGGCCGUAGGGCUCCAGCUAGCGCUAGACUUACUUCAUGAGAAGGAGAAACGUGACCUGAUCACAGGGUUGAAAACCCGCACGAACGCGGGUCGCCCCAACUGGGACAAGGUGUUCCAGCAACUACAGGAACAGAGGAAAGGGAAGGUGACGGUGUUCUACUGCGGGCCGCCGCAGCUUGCACGCAUCCUGCGCGUGAAGUGCGACCAGUUCGGCUUCAGUUUCAGGAAAGAGGUGUUUUAAGCGCAGCCCUCAGACUGCGUAGACAUGCGGCCCAAUUCGAAGAAUGAGAUACGAUAACGAUAAGUUCUGGUUUAGAUAAGUUCUCAUUUAAAUAUCGUUUGUAUGUCAUAUAAUUUACAGAAGCAGCUCGAUUCGGGCAACCAAUGUCACUUUAACGUUAGAAAUAUCGUAGAUAAAUCUUUUGGGAUCACAGCGGAAUCGAAAUAAACGUCAAUUUUGAAAUGUCGUUUAGUUAUCGAUCUUUUAAAGAUCUUUCCAAGAUCUUAAACGUGUCUUAAUCAUUCUUCGAAUCUGGCCGAUGAUGCCAAUCGUUCACGCGUCGUAGCGUACUUAUCUCUCUCUAUCACUCUUCCGUAUUAGUACGACACAGACAGUUGCGUUUCGUACGCUACGGAGCGAUAACGACUGGCAUCUUGUCUACGCCGCCUGUUCGGCUGCAUUCGAACUUUAAAAGCCGGAUUUAGACCUCAUACUCAGUGCGUUUGACCUGAGCCUUAAGUUACUUCAAUAUCGGUCGUAUACAUUAUUUAAGUUCUAAAACCGCCACUGGAGAGAAUUCAUAUUUGUAAAAAGUGUAGGUACAUUUAUAUAAAAUAUUAUACGCUUCCUGCUGGCUAAAAUCAUUAUAUGUAUUAGGUUCCAAAUGGCAGUCAAAAGCUUAAAGAGAAAAACUGUGAAAUUGUAUUUAUAACUGAAUAGACUUUUAUGAAAUACGUAAAUUUAUGUAAUAUUUCAUUCGCUUUUUACUAACUCAAUAAUGUGAUCACAAGUGUCUUUUUAAGUUUAAUUGCAAAUAGAUAACAUUUUAUAAAGUUAAUAAUGAUAUGAAUUAACAUUAAUAAUGCAAUAAAAAAGGAAUUUAUCAUCUUGUAAAUACGAGUCGCCACAGACUUUUAUUUUUAAAAGUAUAUCAUAUGGAGCAACCAUGUUGAAUUGUUGAUACGUUUGUCGAGUCUACCGAGUCUACUCGUAGCUAGGUAACGUUGUUAUUGUCCUAAUAUAAUAUAUCUAUGAUCUAUACUUUUAUGAUAACAGGUCUGAGAAACAUAAAUGCCGUAGGUACUCUUGUUUUGUACCAUCUACGAAAUGCUGUACCUUUUUUGUUAUUAUUUAUAUUUAAUAUGAGAAAAUAAAAAUACGAUAAUUAAUAAUUAAAUUAAAAUAAUCUACCCCGGACCCGGGUAGAUGUGGUAAAAACACAAAAGAAAAAAAAUUACCCAUUUACACACACAUAUUGAAUGUCGCACAAUAAACUGGAAUACUUGUAAUUAUUUAAGUAAUUUUAUGGUAUUAAGACAAUGGUCUGGAUCUAUACAGAUUAUGAGGUUUAAAUUUAAUAUUUUCUUUAUACUGUUUGUAAAGAAGAAGAAAGAAUUUAUGAAUCGUGAUGUGUAAGUAGAACGUUUUAUGCGACUUCAUCAAAAUAUUACAUUUAAUUUAUUUUAAUAUAAGUAGCAUGACAUUAUUCCGCUGACGCCAUUAAAUACGCUCCAUAUAUUAUUAUACAAAUAUCGACAUCACCCAUUGUGUUGAACAAAAUAUUCUUAUUCAAGGCUAAAUAAUAAUUUAAAUAGAGGCAGACAUCAUUAUUUAUCUUAUUGUUGUUUUGGUGAUAAUCCCCAAACAUAUUUUUAGUUGUUAUAGAUACAUGUAAAUAGGCACUAUUUUACUUUGUUUUAAACGUAUACAGGCAAAUUGGUAUUAUUUUAAUGUUAUAAAAUCAUCAUACGAGUGUAACUUAUUACUAUUACCUACCUACUUCUGUAACUGCAGGUAUUCAAGGUUAGGUUUUCAAGAUAGACACGUUGGAUAUUUUAUCCCGCGUGUUUGCCGCGUGUUUGUGUCAAUUUUACAUACGGCACGCAAUUUCCUACUUUUCCUCCCUUGGGACACAAAUAACUAUUGCUGAUUACCGCGUUUAUUUUUCUGAUUACGGAUACCAUAUCAGCAGCGCACUUUAUUCACUGUGGGAUUAUGUUAUCACCCGUCAAAAUUAUCAAUUGAAUGAGUACACUCAGCAAUAUUUAUUACUACACGGUUUGCGUUUGGUCCCAUAAAGGAUGACUCACGCUAGACCGGCCCGGGCCGAGGCGUCCGACACGUCAUUUUCUAUGACGACUGAUCGGGAUCACGUGGUGCUUUUCAUAGAAAACAAAGCACCAGAAGCUCCGGCCCGGCCCCAGCCCGGUCUAGCGUAAAUCAUCCUUAAUAAAAGGUUUUCAGUAGAUAAUGAGCUAAUGAGAUAAUAUGUAGCAGAAUAAACGGAAGCCGGACCUUAAAAAGCCGCCCUGUUAGAGAUUUCCAUAAUGUGUUACUAAUACAUACUUUACUUCGUGUUCGUGUGUGGCUAAUACAUAAGCAAUAUUACAUGUUAGAAUGCUUUGAAAGUUGCCAUAACUAAGUAGAUACAUAAGGGUAAGACAAGAUAAGAUAUUACCUACUUACCUACAGCUUGUGAUACAUUGUAAACCAGUUACCUACCUAAUAAUAAAAACAAGAGUGUUCAUAGUGUUAGGAAAUUUUACAAAUUGUUUAGACAAAACUUUUAUAUCUUGUAUUUUUUAUUAAAGAAAUUGUUUCGAUAAA